GGAAAAAAAAAAAGAAACAACUCAAUCAUAUUAAAUCUCUGAGCACUUGAUAGAGAAGAAGAAGAAGAAGAAGAAGAAGAAGAAGAAGAAGCAAUGGCCACCGCGAUACCUCUCUUCGCUUCUUUCAAGUACGCCGAUAGUCUCACCGUCGUCGGAAUCUCCUUCUGCACGGCUUUGGUCUGCGAAGCAAUCUCAUGGAUCCUAAUCUACCGCACGAGCUCUUACAAAUCGUUGAAAUCUUCCAUUGACAAAGCCUCCAAGAAGCUGGAGACGAUGAAGACAGAUAAUCCUUCCUCGAAGCUAGCAAUCAAGAAGUCGAAGACGAAGAAGAUAGAUCGCGUUGAAUCCAGCUUAAAGGAAUCGAGCAGAGAUCUGUCGCUCUUCAAGUUUAAAUCUGGUGCCGUUGUGGCUCUGGUUCUCUUUGUUGUGUUUGGGUUGUUGAAUUCGCUUUUCGAAGGGAAAGUUGUAGCGAAGCUUCCGUUUCAUCCGAUUACGAUUGUGAGGAAGAUGAGUCAUAGAGGAUUGAAAGGAGAUGAUUCCACUGAUUGUUCCAUGGCUUUUCUUUAUCUGCUUUGUUCUAUCAGUAUUAGGACUAAUCUGCAGAAGUUUUUGGGUUUCUCUCCACCUAGAGGAGCUGCUGGUGCUGGUGGUUUGUUCCCUAUGCCCGAUCCAAAGACGAAUUGAUCUGAUGAAUUGUAUUCUCUGAGCUCGUUGUUACUCUGAAAUUUUCAUGGUUAGCUCAAUGCUGAUGUAGUGGUCUUGUUUCAGUUCAAUUUGAUGAUAUACACUUUCAAAGUUUCGAUUUUUGAGUUUUCUCUAGUAUGUGGUUUUGAUUUGGAUUCGUUUACAUGAUCUACUCUUCUGGUGUAGUAACGAUGCAGGUCCUGCAUUUGCUGUUUUCUUAAUUCUGACUUUCAAACUCA